UGUUCAUACCUGUCAAGAGAUUGAUCACAGAUGGCACUACAUUUUCUUGUUAAACAUAGAAAUUCGAUCGCCAGAGAGCGCAGGUCAUAUUCGUUGUCGGCGCCAUUUAAAAAUCAACGAAACGAGAGAGAUAUCUGCUUACACCUGUGUCAGGAGAACGCGAAUGACCGAAAAUGGUCGAAGAUUGAACCGAAGAAGCUAUCUCGUCGAUUCUUCGCGUAUGUAUUCCUGGUAGGUGUGUAUUUCUGGUAUGGUGGUAUACAUGGACCCCACCUCUUCCAUGAAACUAUCACUACCUGCGUGGAGAUCAUCUCCGGAGUAAAAGCUGAGAACCGGACAAGCAUAGGGACAGACAGCAUCAUGCGCUUGAUAGCAUUAGUGAUCGUUGCGAUAGCAGUAGUGUCGAUCGAUCGAUCGGCAGCCGAGGAUGUCCCAGAUUUAUCCAGCAACUUGGACGUACCAGCAGCUGCUAUGAAAUUGGAUAAAAAUCUACGCCGAGCUCUUUUGAAGGCUUUAACGGAUUUGGAAACAGAAUCAGUGGAAGAAAGGAAGAACGAGGCUAUUGCUCAAGCAUACACGGCUAAUCAAUUUCAGGAUGUUUCUUCGAAAAAAGAAUUGAAUAAAAAAAUCGGUAUCUCUCAAAAAUCUAGCUUUUCGUUCGAUGGAUUUCCUGGUGACGAGGAAAUACCAAGCGAGGACAAACUUCAAAAUUCAAGUUUCGUUCAGACCGAUAAAUACGUGAUCAUGUCUAGUUCACCCUCGAUGACCAUUGAAAAAGCUACGAGAAACGAUGCUAGAAGUUUUCAUGCUCAGAAUAUUAUUACGUCUGAUAAAAAUCGAGAAAUUAACGUAGGACCUAAGAUAGAGGAGUUAAAUGCGAAGAAAUCAAACGUUGACUCUCAUGUCUCUUACGUUAAUAAAAUAGAUAGUAUCGCUUUGCAAUCUGUAACUCCAUUAACAGAAGGUCUUACCGGUGUUGCCAGUAAUGGUAUCGCAAUAGCAAAUGCAUUACCUUUACCAAAACCAACGGUGUCUAGUCUCACGGAGUCUCCUAAGAUAAACGAUACUUUAACGAAUGAUAAUAAAAUAAUAGAGAAGUCCGAAGAGGUGAAAAUCUUCCAAGCACCGUUAGUAGCGGCAUUUACCGUUCAACAGGACGAAAGUGGUGCACCUAAAAGCGUAGUGCCUAUCUUCAGACCAACCGGAGAUGGCCAGGCAUUGACUCUGCAAGAACAAUUGGAAUUUAAGCAAAAAUUAUUGGAAAAACAAUUGGAAGAAUUGCAGCAACAGCAGAUUCAACAAACUCAAUUUCUUAUCAGACAACGUCAACUUUACGAGCAACAGCUUAGGCAAAAACAACAACAACAAUUGUAUCUUCAUGAACAAGCGAGAAUCAAGCAGAUCGAAGAGCAAACUAGAUUAAAGCAAUUGGAAGAACAGAGAUUGAAACAAUUAGAGGAACAACGAUUGAAACAGUUCGAGGAUCCAAGGAUCUAUCGGUUUCAACAACAAUCUGUACCAUCGCUCCAACAAAAGCAUCGUUUCUUUGAACAGGCUACUAAUCUUUUAAACAUUCCAACGCCAAUAGAAUCCAACGUUCGUUUACAGCCCAGUGUCUCGUUAGAAGUGCCUACUGUUGUCGUUCCACCUCCCUUUCAAGUCAAUUUCCAAGAUCAAUUGAGGUUUCAACAACAUCGUCAACAACAACAACAACAACAGCAACAGCAACAACAACAACAGCAGCAGCAGCAGCAACAACAACAACAACAACAACAAAGAUUACAUCAGAGUUUUGGACCUAUAACAGAUUUCCAACCACCCGUGGCAGCAUCGACGAGAUUUAACAGGCAAGAAGCUUUCAACUCUGUCGGUAAUUUUGGGUUUAACGAGAAACCUUCAGCAACUAGAAACACUUUUACUUUUGGUAUCCCACAAAGAGGUCCAAUUAAUUUCGUUUAUAAUCCUUACGUUCAGUACAGACAAAUGAGACCUCAGCAAACACCAGCGAAACAAAUCCAACAUCUUCUUUAUCAAUCAGGUAUCGCUGGUGAAAUAGGGAAUGCUGAAGGCUCUGGUGGUCAAGAAGAUUUAAACAUCGUUUCUAAAGUUUUAGCAUUAAAUGUGGGUGCCAUACCCAAUAAGAAUCUUCAUUUUACCACAAGUAACCGUGCUAAUGCCGGAUUCGUCGCCAAAGUACCCGCAAAUGCGUGAAAAAAUGAAAUAAUAAUGAAGAAAGAUUCAGACGAGUCAUGUAAAUUACUACAAGACGAUAUUAAGUAUGAAAACGUCGAACUCUCUAUUAUAAUAUAUAUUAACUUCAUUUAUUACUUUUUCUCUUCACUAAACAUUCCUCCGUAUAUAUAUAUGUAUAUAUAUAUAUAUAUAUAUAUAUAUAUAUAUAUAUAUAUAUAUAUUUCAAUAACAAUAAUGAUUUACUACAAUGUAACUAACGCAAGAAACGAUCUUCCGUCAGCUCAGGUUGUUCGUUACUUUUCACUCAAGAAACUUAUUUCUAUAAAGAACAUAAUUAUAUUAAUUAAUUAUGACUGUAAACAUCGAAAGAAAAGUAAUAGCGAAUUAUCGAAUAUCGAUGUGUUAGACAUUUAUAUUUCAUUCUAUAUUGCAUAUACAAAUUUUGUACAUACAUAAGUUGUUCUUUACUAUACACGUUUAAUUCUUGUUCUAUUUUGUUUUACUUAUCUAU